UCGCUAAAAUGACAGCAGUAGAACUGGGCUCAAAUUCUAUUUCUGCAAUGAAUACUGUAGAAAAUAGUAGCGCAUCCACUGACGUAAAUGAUGCAGAGGACGACAGUUCCAAAAAGAAAGAGGAAGAAGAGCUGGAAAAGUUGGCAAUGAAUGAAAUUCUGAUAGAAACAAAAAGACGUGCUGAAACUGCUAGAGAACUUGGAGCACUGGGGUGGCAAAAGUCUCCACUGCUUCCUGUAAACAAACAGUUUCUAAAGAACACAUUGGUCAGCACACUGAGAAGUGUACCAGAAGUUAAAAAGGACAAGAAACUAAGAGAGCAACAAAUCUGGAAGAAUCCAGAAUAUAAGCGUAACUACCGACGUCGCAAUUCCGACAAUGAUGAAGGAAGGUCAAGACACAGAGAUCAACCCACGAAAUUAGACGAGAGAGACCAAAGUUCAUCUAAAGACUCUAAUCGAAGAUUUCGACUUAGUCAGCCAUCUAAUGACAGAUAUGUUCAUUCUCGUCACAGUGAUAGACAACGUUCUUCUCAAAACAAGACACGUGACUCAGGUUCCAGUAAAAACUCUGAUCCAAGUCUUAACAAGAACGAGUUAAAAUCAGAAACUGAUCAGGCCCAAACUAAAGAGAAAGGGACUAAUUCUGUGGAUAACAAUUCAAAGGAAAAUGACCAGGCAAAAUCUGACUCAAAGAAUGAUUCGGCGAUAUUAAAUGAGAAAGAAAUGGCUGUUGACAAUGAUCUGAAAUUAAAGGAAGAGGAGCAGAAUAUAUCUAAUGAACCUGAACACAAAGUUCGUUCACGGUCACUCAAAAGAAAACGAUCAAAGACUCGUGGUGAGAAAAAUGCAUCUUCAAAGAAGAGAAAACAUCACAGCAAGCAUAAAAAAGAUGGUGAAAAGAAACACAAAAGUAAAAGAAAGUCCAAAAAGCACAAAAAGAAGGAUUCUGAAAUGUAACAGAAUUGUGUACAGUAUUGCUGUUUUACCUGGGCAUUUAAUUAUACUUAGUUACACAUAUCACCGAGUUCAUUUCACAUUCAUAAACAUUUACAUUUUAACAGUCAUGUUCAUACUUACUACUGUCCAUAUCUUUCACAGAAAAAAAAUACAAAAUUUGUUUUCUUGUGUGUACAUCUAUACAACAUCAGUAAAUGAUUAGUGGACCACUAGCCCGAGUACUCUGCCAUUCGAGAGCUAGCACAGAGAUAACUAUAUAGUGAAAACACAGAAUGGCUGCCUUUCAAAAUGUAUCAUCGGGUAGGGAACAAUUCCCGCUCUAAUACAACAAUAACCCUGUUUGACUCUAAAUACCAUUACAUUGAUCAUUUUCGAGUUCGCUAAUAUUUGACAUAUUAAUCACUGAUACACACACUACAGGAAGAAACCCAUCAGCAGCCAUGUAUUUAACUGGAACAUUAUUGAAAGGGGAUGCAGUCUGGUUCCUUCUUGUAGUGUGUGUAUUGGUGGUUAAUAUUUGUUAUUGGCAAACUUAAAAAUGAUCAAUGUAAUGGUAUUUAGUACCAAACAUAGGGUUAUUGUUUUAUUAGAGUGGGCAUCAUUGCCUACUCGGUGAUGGGCAGCCAUUCCAUGUUUUCACUAUACACCUGAUAGUUAACUCAUAACUGUCCAAAUGUCUGUCUAGGUCUCGAAUGGCAGAAUAUUCGGGCUAGUAGACCACAUGACACUUCUAAGAUGUAGCAUAAAGUUCAUACAUUGCUUCAUAACUGAAAUUUGCUAUAACAAAGUUGAUCCUACUUGAAAUCCUACUAGAACUGCUGCAUGACAAUCCUUAGUGAAGCUUUUCGUAAUACUGAUUUGUUUGGCCUUUGUCCAUCGUUCAUCUAGCAACAUUUUCUUUAAAGCCUUCUAGAGUUUUAAUUGGAUUGUUCUAAAACAUGGUACAAUGAUCUUCUAGUGCACUACACAACUAAGAGAGAGAGGUUGAUUUAGCAAUUUUUUUAUAUUUAUUCAUUUUAUUUUUAAUUUAAAUUGAAAAUUUGAAAGUCUGAUCCUCUCCUAGAGUUUGGAUCGGAUAGUUAUGAAACUUGGUACUAUAAUUCUCUGGGGCAGUGACCACAAACUAAUAGUGAGAUAUGUUGGAACUUUUGGAUUUUUGUUAUAUUAAAAGAAAGAUUAAAUAGAAUAUUUAAAA